CUAGUUCUUCAUGUCCUGGGAGCUAUCUGGUGCAAAGGUAGCCCAGGACACAGUACUCCUUUGCCAUAGAUUCCUGCUCACCUUAAUUAUUAGCAAAACUGUAGAAUGAAGUUCCAUCUCCCUCCCCAAGUGUCUGUAAUGGAAGGGUUUGGGUUUGGGUUUUUGGUCAUUUUUGCCAUGAAAUGGUGCCUGGUGGAGACUCAGCCCUGACCCUCACACAACUCUCCCUUCUUUUGCUCUCUCCAGAGAAACUGAUCAAACCUAAGAUUGCUGUCAAUGACACCAACAUCCUAGAGGACGAGUCUUUGAUCCUGACCUGUAGCACAGAAAAUGUGGGGGCAAAUAUUGGGUGGUUCUUCAACGGCCAGCCCUUGUCUCUCCACGGAAGGAUGAGCACAUUCGAGAAUAAUCAGAUUCUCCUCAUUAAGGGUGUGAAGAGGGAAGAUGCUGGGUCCUACCAGUGUGAAGCCUGGAAUCCAGCCAACGCCAAUAGAAGUGAUGACCUCACCCUGACUGUGAGCUCAUCUGAGUCUCCAGAAAGAAGUAAUGGUGCCACUCUGUCUGGUGGAUCUAUCACAGUUGUUGUGAUUGGAGUUGUAGCUGGAGUGGCUCUUCUUGGGGCUCUCAUCUAUGUCCUCAUCACCAAAAAUACUGGAAGGUAG